CGAUGAUCCUGUCCAAAAAACAAAGACCUGAAGAAAAUCUGAACAAAACAAUGGACAAGUUAUCAGUUGAUGUGGUUGAUGUUGCUGUAGAAAAGGCCCUUUUAAAGCAGCUCAAGAAGUUCACUAUCACUGAAGUGUAUGGUCGCACAGUGUCUAAAAGGAGGACUAAAUUUUCACUGUCCUAUGACAUUCCACCUCCCAACUACCUUUCUGGAAGCAAGGGAGCAGCAGCUCAGAGGGAGCACUUUGCAGCUAUCCUGAAUCAAAUACCCUCAAAACUAUGGAAAGGAAAAUUGAUUGGUCGCAAUGAAUUAAUAUUUGUUAAAGAUGCAGAACAGAUUAAAAAUUGA